AUGGCGGGCUUACAAGACCGUUUGCCGCAGCGCUCGGCACCAGGCCCCUCUCAGACCCAGACAGAAACGCAGAGCAGGACGGGCACGCAGGCAAUUCUACGGCUGAGAGGUGCCCACGCUCCAUCUAGGCAGUCGGUGCGAUGGGCGGAAGACGUGGUGGAUAACGAGGGCCUGGGACGCAAGAGCUCAAAAGUCUGCUGCAUCUACCACCGCCCCAAAGGCGUAGACGAAUCCAGCGACGAGUCCUCCUCGGACUCCUCUGACGACUCUUCCGCUUCGGAGGCGGACACCAACGGCGGGCGUAGGAGGGUACCCUCAGGAGACCACAAGGGUAAGGGUAAAGGAAAGAAGAGCGGUAAGCGGGGAGACCAUGACCACGACUGCGGCGACCACGGGCAUGGGAGGAAGGCUGGUCGUGAGGGGAGCGAGAAGAGGCGGCCUAGCCCGAAUGCGUAUGAGAGGGUGCCGAAGCCGCCUAAGCCCAAGGAUGAGGGGAGCGGCGCAUAUUUACAGCCCCUAGUAGGUGCGACGGGCGGCAGCACGAAUACAAGAUGCUUCACAAAGACAGAGAUGAUCGAUCUGUCAGUACUAUUCGAGUGCUGCGUCUCGUUACUGGAGUCUCUCUUUUCGCGGACCCGGCGGAGCGGUGUGUCCCCGCACUCAGUGCGCCGGCGGCGGCCGUGGGGGGAUCAGCUCUCCUACGCCCGGGCGCAACGCGCUGAGAUCUUAUCGCUGGCGAUAAACGUAACCCCGCCAUUCUUCAACAGCUUCCUCCAUAUAAGCCACAGCUUCACAAACCUCCCUUCCUCGUACAACCGUGAAGUCGGUUUUGGAGAAUUCUCAUCUAAGCACGACUCAUACCUUUCUCACACAAUCAUGUCUCACGAGCACUCACACGACGGCCCUCAUGGCCACGCGCACUCCCACGAGGGCGGCUUCAACGCCCAGGAGCACGGCCACUCCCACGAGAUUCUUGACGGUCCUGGAAGCUACCUCGGCCGUGAGAUGCCCAUUGUCGAGGGCAGAAACUGGAGCGAUCGUGCUUUCACAAUUGGUAUUGGAGGACCAGUCGGCUCCGGCAAGACGGCCCUGAUGCUCGCCCUCUGCCUUGCCCUCCGCGAAAAGUACUCCAUCGCCGCCGUCACGAACGACAUCUUCACCCGCGAGGACGCCGAAUUCCUCACCCGCCACAAGGCCCUGCCCGCCCCGCGCAUCCGCGCCAUCGAGACGGGCGGUUGCCCGCACGCGGCCGUGCGCGAGGACAUCUCGGCCAACCUCGCCGCCCUCGAGGACCUCCACCGCGAGUUCGACGCAGACCUGCUCCUCAUCGAGUCCGGCGGCGACAACCUGGCCGCCAACUACUCGCGCGAACUGGCCGAUUAUAUCAUCUACGUCAUUGACGUCUCGGGCGGCGACAAGAUCCCGCGCAAGGGCGGCCCGGGCAUCACGCAGAGCGAUUUGCUGGUCGUGAACAAGACGGACCUGGCCGAGAUUGUGGGCGCCGAUCUGGGCGUCAUGGAGAGGGAUGCGCGCAAGAUGCGCGAGGGCGGGCCGACUGUGUUUGCGCAGGUGAAGAAGAAUGUCGCCGUUGAUCACAUUGUCAACCUCAUGCUCAGCGCGUGGAAGGCGAGUGGUGCCGAGGAGAACCGUAGGGCUGCGGGUGGACCGCGGCCUACGGAGGGCCUUGACAGCCUCAAGGCUUGA